AGAUCAUUAUCUAGCAGUCUGAAAGGUUGUUGUGUUUUCUGUGUUUGAGGUGUUUGUUUCCGGCGGAAGUAGUACGUCACAGAGGUGAUGUACUUCCUGGUUUAUGUUUGUGUCAGACUGGUGGACGUUUUUCUCUCUCAGCUGCACGGAACAAAACUCGUCCUGUUUCUCAGUAAACUUUGAUCAUGAUUGACAUUUUAAUCUCAGUCUGAUUGAAAUUAAGAGUUCGUGUGAUAAUGGAGUCUCCUCAGGUGGAUGAUGAUAUCUGUAUCCUGAAGCACGAGACGGCGUGCGUGGCCGAGAGCCCCGUGGCCAUGUGCUCUGGGGACGAGUCAGUCGCGUCUCAUUUCGCUCUCGUCACCGCCUACGAAGACAUCAAGAAGCGUCUGAGGGACACGGAGAAAGAGAACACAGUGCUGCGCAAACGAGUGAAACAGCUGGAGGACAAGUUGUUCAGACCUGAAGCUCCUCCCUCUGAAGGGCCGCAGUACAUGAAUAAAGCAUUCAGUGCGUAUCGAGGAAUUUACAUGGAGAACCAAGACCUUCAGGCCGAGCUCAAUAAACUGAAGAAGGAGCGAGCCGAGUCGGAGAAGAUUUUAACUGAACAGCUGCAGACGAAGGAGCUGGAAGUGCUGCAGCUCAGAUCAGAGAUGGAGACCAGCCAGGUGAUGAAGAGUCUGAAUGAGACGCAGGAUUACUGGCACGUGAAUCGAGAGGGCAGUGAAGUUCAGAUACACACUCUACAGGAUGAAGUGCAGAGACUCCGACUGGAAAACAGCCACUUACACACACUCUGCACCCGCCGACAGGAUGUGUCUGAGAGCUCGGUGAAGAAUGAUGAGAUCCAGAAGGGGGCGCCACCAUACUGCAGUUAUAGCAGGCCUGCAGUAAUGAGUGUGUAUGAGGACGUGCGCAGUGAAGUGUUCCGUCUACACACACUGGUGAGAAAUCAGAGUGAACUGAUGAAGAAACUCAGAAACAGACCUGUAUUGAAGAGAGCCUCCUCAGCUCUUCCUGUUCAGUGUUUGGAUGACGUGGAGAAAAACCAUUCGCCGGUCCGAGCUCCAAUUCCCCGCCCCCCAAGCGCCCCGCCACUCCAUGUUGCCCCACCCCCUGGAACCUCAUACGCAGAGAACUGGAAGGAGGCGUGGCCUCUAAACCGCCCCUCCCCCUUAGGAAGUCCUGCUGGCCCGCCCGUUCCUCCUCAGCAUGCUGCUUCAUCGUUGGACGAUGGCUCCUGGUCUAUCCCCGCCCACCCUUCACCUGACCACCCCCUGUUCUGGCAGCCGUACUGACGGACAGGUGACUCGUCCAAUCACAUCCUGCCUUAAGACCACCGCCCAGACUGAGAUACCUCACACUGCUCUCACCUGGGCCUGUACAUACACUUCCAGAGUGUGCGUGAGUGUGCGUGAGUGUGCGUGAGUGUGCGUGCGUGAGUGCGCGUGAGUGCGCGUGAGUGCGCGUGAGUGCGAGAGAAUCGUAUCAUUGUGAUUUAGGUGUGUUAAAGUAUAAAUUCUCUUCCUGUGUUGUUGUUUUUAUUCUCAUGACUGUGAAGGACGGCUGCGGUUCCCUCGGCUCCGUUCCAGUCCUGUGUUUAACGUGCCCUAGUCCACUUCCCCUCGGUCACAUUAGGGGCUGUUCCACAUUUAUAACGCUCGUUAGAUGAGGAUUAAGUGAACGUCAAUGUAGGCUUCAGGAUUAAAUUUACCCAGAAGGCAUUGCUGUCAUCAGAAAUUAAUUUGAGUUUUUUAAAAUAAUUCCUAUAAAGAACGGUUUUGUUGCUCAACACGCUGUUGCUAAUGAAUUAAAGCUGGAGCUAGUUAACCUCAGACCUGAAGGGCCAGUUGGUGUGUUAGCUAAGCAGAAUUAGUUAGCUAGCAAGCUAAUAGCUCUUUUAUACAUGAGGGAGUAAAAACUAGGGUAGUGUGGUAGAUAAAUUACUGAAGAAAAGAGCUUUAAGGGAGUCGGGGGGCACUUACUUUGAACUCCACAUGCAAUCUACAGCUCCAGUAUACGUGUGUAUGUGUGUGUGCGCGAGGCUGUUGUGAGUCGAUCAGGGUGUGUAAACAGGAAUCGGAGCACAGGGUGUGUGUGUGUUAAUGUAAAUGAAGAAUGAUCUGGAGAAUGUGUGUGUGUGUAUGAGAUGUAGAGGUGUUCACACUGACACACUCCUAGUGUUGUCCGGAAGAUAAUGUGCUAAAUGAAGGGUGUGUGUGUGUGUGUGUGUGUGUGUGUGUGUGUGGCUCCAUAUUAUAUGAUUAUUUUAUUCGGUGUGUGUUCGGUUCUCAGCGUUGGCGUCGUGCCGAAAUGCAAUGUACAGCUGAUGUGGAUCGUUUUCUAGCUCGGCUCUUUGUAAAUAUUAAAGUCAGAUGAACGUCA